GCGCAGGCGCUGACCCGACCUGGCAGUGAGCUGGCCGCGGCCUUGGCUGAGAGGCCUUAACCCCGGCCGGGCCGCCGCGCCCUGCAUGCGAGUUGGGCCGCGGGCGGGGUUGGAGCCUACUCGGGGCGACUGCGAUGGACGCCUUAGAAGGAGAGAGCUUUGCGCUGUCUUUGUGAGUAGCUCCUCCAGGGCGCAGGCGACUUGGGGCCGGAGGCAGCGGGCGUUCGCCCCGGGCCUGACCCUAUAAAACAGGUGUCCUUAGGGGCCGGGCCGGGCCAGGCCGGGCCGGGCCGGGCAGGGUGGGGGCCGCCAAGGCGCCGUCCCAGCUCCAGGCCUUCCUUUUGUAGAGUACUAAGGCUGCAGGUUUCAGGCCCCGCAGGACAGGAGUGCGAGGCGGGUGUCACCGUUGAUCAGCGCCUCCAUCACAAUCCCCAGCCGCCAACCCUCAGCUGUCAGCAAAGCCUGGAGGGGUUGAGCGCCCGAGGUCCCUCCACCCCUCCCUGGCCCCCGCCUCCCGGACUCCUGACCAAAUGACCCCCCCUGGCAGGUGUUUCGCCCGUGCCGGGUUCAUGCUCACAAGCAGACAGCUCCUCCGCCUCUGAUGCAGAAUUUGAUGCUGUGGUUGGAUAUUUAGAGGACAUUAUCAUGGAUGACGAGUUCCAGUUAUUACAGAGAAAUUUCAUGGACAAGUACUACCUGGAGUUUGAAGACACAGAAGAGAAUAAACUCAUCUACACACCUAUUUUUAAUGAAUACAUUUCUUUGGUAGAAAAAUACAUUGAAGAACAGCUGCUGCAGCGGAUUCCUGAGUUCAACAUGGCAGCCUUCACCACAACAUUACAGCACCAUAAGGAUGAAGUGGCUGGUGACAUAUUCGACAUGCUGCUCACCUUUACAGAUUUUCUGGCUUUUAAAGAAAUGUUUUUGGACUACAGAGCAGAAAAAGAAGGCCGAGGACUGGACUUAAGCAGUGGCUUAGUGGUGACUUCAUUGUGCAAAUCAUCUUCUCUGCCAGCUUCCCAGAACAAUCUGCGGCACUAGGUCCUACCUCCAGCCAAUGAAUGGGAUCAUUCUGGAUGUCACCAGCCCAGUAGGCUCAGCUCAUGAUGACAGAACACAUCUUGGAAAGACUGACUCUGUUAUGUAACUCUUCAUUUAUGUUAAGUAUUAAUAGGUCAAAACCAAAAUGACCUAACCCUCCUGGACCUAUUUAUCCUGAAACACCUUCUUGUAUUCAUUAACCAUAGUACUCCUCCCCACCUCAAGUAGACACCUCUCUCAGGAGCUUCUGAGUCAGACGCCUCUGGAGCGAGCCCUAUGUCAGGCACUCCACCUGGGGGGCCCUUCCCCAGCAUACCUGCUGGUGUGUAAGUGUGGACUAACCCGCCGCCACCACCCUCUGUUCCAGCAGGCUCUGCAUGAAUCUUUGUGCACUUGCACCUCUUUUUCACAUGGGCCACAGUUUCAGUACUUCAGCCUCAGUGGGGUUCCUGAUGUUUAUCUAGGGUGUUACUCAAGCCCAGUUUGAGAUUCUGGAGUCUCCUGUGAUCACAUCUUGUCUCGGCUGUAGGAAUCAACAGAAGGAGACGUCCUCUACAUAAAAGCUCCAUGUGAAAAAGCUACUCCUAGUCUUAACAUUUGCAGUCCUUGUGUCACUGUCUUCUGGUCCUGAUGUAGUCCCACUGUUUCUAGAAGUCUCUUUUAAGCAUUAUUUUUGAAAAAAAAAUAUUUUUAUAGAUGAAUACUCAGGCUAACCUAGUGGAUGUGAUCUUGGAACUUCCAUGAUUAUCCACUUAAAGAUCAAAGUAUUAUAUGCUGUGUGCUUUUUAGGUGUUAGUACUGUGAAGGCAAAAAUGCUUUCUACAUUGACAUUCAUUCCUAUCUUACUGGGCACCUAUGAAUGUAUGCUGUGUGCUAGAAAUAGACUAAAACAUAUUCCUAUAGCAUGUUAGUGUGUUUGCAUGUUUGCUGAAAAUCCUUUGUGUAUAAACCAGUUUGUAAGGUUCUCUGGGUUAGGUAGGGACUCUGCAGUUUCUUCCUGUCAAAAUCUCUCCUACCAAGAUGGUGUUCCACUGUCCAGCCCAGCAUGAGUAGCAGGUAGAGCACAGCUUUACUGGCUGUUUGUAUGCUUUGGUUUAGUGCAAUGUGUGGUAGAUUACUUAUCAGAAAACAUAUAUGUCAUCUCUAGAACGAGGAAAAAGCAUAGUAGUUCAAUUCCGAGUGUGUCCCUUUGAUUUUUUUUAAUAGUAAAAAUCAGAAUCUGUACUGACUUUUCACUUGGCCAUUCUGGUUUUAAAGGACAAGCUACAAGCUCUGUGUUUCUGUACUGAUGUGUCACUUAUUAAAUACUUUUGUACCAUGAGUAAAAUUUCAGGUGUUUCGCAAGAACCACCAUUCUCAA